CCCAUUUUUAGUUUUCAUUACGUAUCAAUAACUUCUGUUUAAGGUAUUACUAUGACAAAAUUAAGUACCCCCGUCUUAGCAGUUUUAAUAUUUAUUACUAUUAUUGAAUGUAAAAGUAUCCCAAAAGGGUACUAUCAUAGUGAUUCUAUAGUGACAAAAUGGCCAACAGAAAGUACUCAAGUCGAAACAGUAAACAAAACUGUUAUAUUAUCACAUAAUGAAAAGCCUGGCUUAGUGACAAAAACCUUGCUGAAAUUUGGACAAGUAGCUUCAAAAAUAGGCAACGCAAUGGGAGCACAUGCUAAUAAAAUCACACGAGCUCUGGACAAGAUCUGUGAAGUGUUUAAAACCGUCAUUCCUCUUUUAGCAGCCGUCUGUCAUGUCGGUCAAUUUGGAUUUUGUAGUGCCACGGAUGAAGCACCUAUUCGACUUUCAGAGGCUAUGAAUCCAAAUGAUUUAAAUUUAGACGGUUUAGAUAGAUAAAAGAAUAUAACAAUGCUUUAAAUUCUACAUGUACACGGUGUCCCAUUUUCGUGUGUUUUAUAGGGUUUCUCGUUAUGAGUAGAGAUACAUGCGGUUUUCACAUCACUGUGUUACUUGAAAUAAUAAAUGAAACUAAAUAUGCUACACACAGAUUUACCUAGCCUGAAAUACAGGACGAAUUUAAAUAUUUCGCAUUUUUCGACUCCCCUCGUAUCUCGAUUAUCCUAUAACUUAUCAAAAAGGAAAACUGUAUUCCGUAGAGUUUUUCACGUAAAAUCCAGUGGCGUAUAGAGUAUACUAUACUCUAUACUUAUUUUCAUAAAUACGGUAAAAAAACUGCAUUAUUUAAUUAUUAUGUAUUUAACUUUUUAAUAUAAAUCAACCUAGUAUAAAAGAAUAUUAUUAUUUUAUUUUAUUUAAUUUUACCAGAUAAUUUUGCUUUCCGUUAUGUUUUCUUGACCAACUGCACCGAAAAUUAACUUGUGCAGCUUUUAGCUAACACCCUGUCAAACAGAGUUGUUGAUAUUUUUAUGCAUUUGUGUAUUAAUUCUACACACAGAAAUCAGCGUGGAAUAGUCAAUAAAAAAAUUAUUUUUGAAAUAAGUGUAGAGUAUACCUACUAUAUAUUUUUAGAAGGCCCAUAACGAAACAAAUAAAAUAAAAAAAUAAUAUACAGGUUAUUCCAUUUAAAAAAAAAUUGGGUCAUAUUUCAAAAAUUACAGCUCCCAGCGAAAAUCUAGAUACUCCACUGAGUUCUACGUGAUAAGCUCAGUUGUGAAA